GCGGUGCUUGCGAUCUUCCGAGGAUUGAAACGCUAUGGGGGUGGAGGAGCAAGCUAUAGGUUGAGCCAAUAUGAAAUCAAGAAAAGCAUUUUGCUCUUUUUUGAUCAAGGGGGCCUAUGGCCAAAAGGAUUGCGCUCGUCCAUUCCGGCUUGCGACGAAUGGGCCAUGAAAACAGCCAAAGGUGUUGUCAAACUAGUUAGUCGAAUGAGGAGGCUUAUGAAAAGGGCCAAGUGUUCCAAGAGGAAGCAGCUGAAUGAACUUCGCGAUGCCAUUUUGGAACUUGGUUUACCUGAAGCUGCCCUACAACCA